AUGCAAGACGUCAUCCUCGCAAAGUUCUUCGAGGCCUGCGAGCUCUACAGAGACAUGCUGUCGAAGCUGGGCCGAGCAGCUAGUGUCGUCGUCGGCGACAUCGAACACAACCUCGGCAAAUCCAAAGCGGUUUACUCGGAAGCUCCAGAAGAGCGAAAGACCUUGUUGGCCUACCUGCAGCUGCCGGCUUCUCAUGUGGGGAUUGAGAAGAUCACAUGGCUGCUGAGGGGCGUGGAGUUCUUUCUUACGAUGAUUAAGCUCAUCUUCACGCCGGAGUCCAGCGGAAACCCGGCCGUGGAGGCAUACCAGCAAACCUUGAUGCAGUAUCAUGGCUGGAUGCUCCAGCAGACGGUGAAACUUGGCAUGCGCGCCAUGCCGUCAAAGGAUGGCAUCGUGCAGUCUGAGGGCCUGGUGCUAGGCGAUGUCUCGGCUGAGCAGAGGAAAGCGCUCUGCGAGCGUGACGCGCCGGUAGUUACGGGGGACCUGCAUUGUGCACCCUUGGAUAUGACAGCUCGGCAGGAGCGUAGUUUCACCGUGUCGCAGGCAAAGUGCAAGGUGCAGAAGGAGGUGAAUGAGAAAGUAACGAAGGAGGAGGAAGGUCAGGUGGCAGGGGAGACGACAAACAUGACGAUGUACAAGGUGAAGGAGGCGGCUUGGAAGGUGCAGCUCAAGAUGUGGCUGGCUGGAGAAGCCGUCGAAGUUGAUGAUACCGAAUACCGCAAGCCGCUGGAUCUGGUAAGGCAGCAUGCCCGCGAGCGCUGGAAUCUCCUUCCUGAGGACCUCAUUGUCCUCACCUGCGGCGGAGGGACGUUAAGUGAAAACUCACGCAGCGAGGACGUAAGUGGCGAUGUGUUUUUCUUCCUCCAAAAAUGUCUGGAAUCAGAGGUUGACGUAGUGCCAGCACGGCUUGAUCCUGCCGAUCCGACUUUGGCAACAUUUGGCGGUGGUGAGGAGCUAGACGAGGUGGUUGGCCAGCGAUGUGUAGACGUCAUUGACCCGGCAUUUGAGGCUUUCCGCAGCAACAUCGCUGAGGCGCGAGCUCGAAUUGCGGAGUCCAGAUCGGUUGCAGCAUUGGCCCUGCGAUGUGAAGAGCGGGUGGCCGUGCAGCGCCUUGCAGCUCGGGCUGUGCUGGACAACCUGACGAGCCAUCGCACUGCGUGCAGUCGCUCAAUGUCGCUGCUCGCGCAGAAGUCCAGUCGGGUUCAAACAAGGCUGAAUGAUAGCUUGGACAAGGUAGAGGUUUCCAUGAAAGCUUUGGAAUCUGUUGUCCUCCAUGCGGCCCUGCAAACGCAGGGCCGCACUACGUUAGCAGACGUGAUGCCACGCGAGCGGAUACGACGCUUCACCGAAGGCCUCGAGGCAGAAAGGGCGCAGUUGAUCCAGAGACUGGGAAAACUCCAGCGUCAGGACAACCAAUUGCAGGCCCUGUGCGAUCAAAUAGCAGAGCGUGUGGAGCAACUGAUUCAUGACGAUGGUGUUGGUGUCGAAGCCAAGUCGAUACAAGACGAGCAGGGGCGUGCGCAACGAGAGUUGCUGCCGGAGCUCCGAGCAUUGGUUCCCUCUGCUGGGGCAGCGCCUUCAAGAGUUCUGGAGGACGAAAAGCGCUCAGCACUUGUUCUUGAUGGUGUGAAAACUGCUUGCGCCAAUGUGCGCUCAUCGCUAGACCAGCUACAAAGUUGCUGGGAUCGUCAACAUCAAACUUUUGUACAGAGGCUUCGAGAAGUGGCCUAUGUACAAUCCAAGGUGCGGUAUGUGGAAAGGCAGGCCGCGCUGCUGGAGGAAGAGGUCAACGCGCAGUCCAACAACUCUCAGCAACUAAACCGUUUGCAGAAAAUGCCACGUGCGUACAACAGCACGCUCCGGGAAGUUGCGCUGAGACGGCAGUUUCGUGCACGCUAUCUCGCGCAGGGCGAAAAGGCCCUGACGACGCUGUCAAGGAUGGUGGAAGUGGAGAACAGCAGGCGGCGAACCUUCUUGCAAAGAUACAGCUGCUACCUGCCUACGGAUUUCGUGCAGGGGCUAGGAACACUUGCACCGCUUGCAACGGUUGAGGUACCGGACUUUGACUCCCAGCUGCCAGAGAUUGACAUGGCGUAUGCCGAGGUUGGCUCGUCUGGGCCAGCCUUGGAGGCUUCAGGUCAGCACGCUGCCUCUGUGGCGUCUUCGUCCCCGUUGUCCGCCAACGCAUCAAGCAGUGCCGUGGCCAACUCUACGUCAGAGCUUCCACGUGCUGAGCCUUCCGAGAUUGUGUCCAAAGCGCUGGCCGAAGAUCCCCCAGAGGAGAGCGAGGAAACUGCAAACAAGGAAGAUGCGCUUGCCAGAAUCGCAGAGCUUGAGGCACGCAACAAGGCUUUAGAAGAGCAGCUCGAGAUCUUGCGGCAGGAGCAAGCUGCAAGAGGAGCCUCUGAAGCAGAGAAUUUUCAACAGUAG